UUGCAGUUUGCUUACAGUGUACAUGUGAACGCGCUGCAUCUUGUAAAAAUGCCACAUUGGCUGUCACUAUUCAAAAUAAACAUACUGAAAUAGUUCGGUGAAUGAUAGUUUUAAAGUUUAAGCCAGUGACGCUUCUAACCUGUUCGUAGUAGCCCGUUUACUCGUCGAGAUAAAGCAUGGACUGUCCAGACGAGGAGGAGUUCGAGGUGAACAUGAAGCCGUCGAAGCGACUUCGCAUCGUACAAAAUGGAGCAGAAAAACGCCUUACUCCACCUAAAAGACCGGCGCAGCGGCAGUGUGCAGUGGACGUGAGUAUCAUCAUGCCCGUGUACAACGCCUCCUGUUGGCUAGAUGAGUGUCUGCAAGCAAUAUUUGACCAAGACUUCACUGGGAUUAUGGAACUAUCCGUUUUUGAUGACGCCAGCACUGAUGACUCCAGAAAAGUAGUGGACGCUUGGAGGGAGAGGUUCGAGGGAAGGGGCAUCUCAGUGGUGAUCAGUGGCCACAACUCGGACCAACCAAGAGGAGUGGGAUAUGCAAAGAAUAAGGCAGUAGCACAGAGCUGUGGAAAAUGCUUGUGCUUUCAGGAUGCGGAUGACAUCAUGUUACCCCAAAGAGUUCGGCUGCAGUUUGAGGCGUCUGUCCUCCACUCAAGCUCUUUGAUAGGCUGUAGAGUUCGGAGGCUUCCAGAGGGAUCCACGGAACGCUACACCCGCUGGAUCAACACAAUCACUCAAGAUCAACUCCUUACACAAGUCUAUACAUCACAUGGACCAACAGUCAUCAUGCCGACAUGGUUCUGCUCAAGAGACUGGUUCUCAACUGUUGGAUGGUUCAGCGAGGAGAGCAAGGGAGUCCCCGAGGACUUGAUCUUCUUUUACCAGAGUCUUCGUCAAGGAGGUCUUGUGACCAGAGUUGACCACUGCUUGGUGGUGUACCGUUAUCACGAGAAGGCCACCACACACUCCGUGAAAGAGGAAACCAUUUGGAACCUGCGAGUUGGAUUCCUUCAGGAGAGAGUCAUUUGCCAAUGGGAGAGCUUCACCAUAUGGAAUGCUGGGAAACAGGGCCGUAAGAUGUACCGAUGCCUUAACGCCACUAAUCAGAAGAAAGUCAAAGCUUUCUGUGAUGUGGACAAGAACAAGAUUAAUAAGGGCUUUUACACAUAUGAGGACUCCAAGGAACGACCAAAGCCAAAAAUCCCAGUCCUGCACUACAAAGAUGCGUCUCCUCCUUUUAUCAUCUGUGUCAAACUGGACAUGACAGGUGGCGUUCUAGAGGAAAACCUCAACUCGUUACAGAUGAAAGAAGGAAUAGACUUCUUCCAUUUCAACUGACUGCUCGGAGGAACGUCAUAGAAAGAAGCUAGUAUGUUACUGUUUGACAAAAUUCAUCGCAGGAUCAUAUUUUAAACACACGUACAUCCUUCCAUCCAUUUUUUUGUGGCCAAAUCGUAUUCAGAGGUCUGAGAAGCUGAAGUCUAUCUGAGCUGAAUUAGCCUAAGAAGCGGUAUACACAAGGCUGCACAGACAGACAGCCAUUCACACUCACAUUCAAACCAGUGGCCAAUUUACAGUCUUCAAUGACCCUAAAAUACUUGUUGCUUUUUACUAGAAUGUUGUUAUUGAUCAUUUGUAAGACUGGCCGAUUAAUUGAUUGAUUCAUUUGAGUUUAUUUGUCAGGACAAUUUUCUUGUAAUCAAUAUUUUCUUAGCGCAAGUGUAGUUCAAAGAAAGUUCGCUGCUUGCACAAACAACAUGGAUGCGGGGAACAGUGAGGAGCUAGUUUACAAAGCACAGUCAGUGCCAACUUAGCGAUUUGGUCACAAUAUUUAGUGACUUUUCGGACCACUCUCGUGACCAUAAAAAAAAAAAAAAAAAACUAGCGAGUUUAUUCACUCUAAGAAACAGACAAAAUGAGGGGAACCAUUUUCACAUUGUUUUCCGAAGGACAAGAAAGAAGCCUGGUGGAAAGGAACCGUGGAGUCAAUUGCUCUGAACAUCGCCCAUUUAUAUGUUGCAAAAAAGCAGUGACUUGGAAAAUUGCAAAUAUUUUGCUUUACCUGAGAAAAGGACUGCGAAAGAGUUGGUGUGAUGUUACUCUUACAUACCAUAUGCACCAGCCGAGCCAUGCGGUAUGAUGGCUCAUUCAUUGUAUGUUUAAGUGUUGAACAUUAUAAAUGUUAGUUUAUUAAGGAUUCUGUUUAUGUGCAGCACAUUUUAACAAAAAGGAUAUUUUCCAAGAAAAAAACCUAUGAAUUUUGAUUGUUUCUGCAUGGCUGAUUUGCACGUCUGGCUCGCAGUCCUGAGGACACGGGUUCAAAUCCGGCCUUCCUGUGUGGAGUAUGCAUGUUCUCCCCGUGCCUGCGUGGGUUUUCUCUGGAUACUCCGGUUUCCUCGCACAUCCCAAAAAGAUGCAGGUUAGGUUAAUGGCCAGCACGCCUGCGACCCUAGCGAGGAUAAGCGGGACGGACAAUGGAUUGAUGGAUGGAUCUGUUGUUUCUGUGGCGGUCAAUGCAAGGUAGUGCUUGAGGAGGGGAUAAAGGCCAUAUAUUGCCCCGCCCCUUAGGAACAUCUAUCUAUCUGUCAGCCUAGGUAAUGAUCUGCUUAUGUUAGGACUAAGACUGAAAAUGUCUUUGUACGAACCGACUGGAAACAGUGCAAUGCAAUUUCAUGAUCCAUCCAUCCAUCCAUUUUCCUCCGCUUAACCGAGGUCGGGUCGUGGGGGCAGCAGCCUCAGCAGGGAAGCCCAGACUUUCCUCUCCCCAGUUGGAGAGCACGGCUUGAUAAAGCCAACAGAACCACGUCAUCUGCAAAAAGCAGAGAUGCAAUACUGAGGCCACCUGCUCUAUGCCUCGGCUGCGUCUAGAAAUUCUGUCCAUAAAAGUUAUGAACAGAAUCGGUGACAAAGGGCAGCCUUGGCGGAGUCCAACCCUCACCGGAAACGAGUCCGACUUACUGCCGGCAAUGCAGACCAAACUCUGACACUGGUCGUACAGGGACCGAACAGCCCGAAUCGGGGGGUUCGGUACCACAUACCCCCGAACCUUUACAUGGUUUAUGUGAAUAAAUAAAGAUGAUUCUGAUUCUGAUAAUGAUAUCUUUCUGGAGUAUCCGUUUCUUGCAAAUUUGCAUGCAAGUUGGUUUACUUUUGGACAGAAGCUUGUCAGCUUUUGGCAGUCUUUGCAUUAAACGACUCACUCCUGCUGCCUGACUAUCUAUGGUGGUUUUCUUAAUGGCAAACAGACAGAAAUAACUAUUUUUCAAGGGUGGAAUGACUUCGGAGGGUUCCAAAGUCAUUCCUUCAUAUUUAGCUUAUUGGAGUACAACCAUUUUCUUAAAAGAUGACAUGAUGAUUACAGCUGUUGUUAAUAUUGAAGGAAUCAAAGGUCUGACCUGUACACUUGAACUUAUUAAUGUUGAAA